CCUCCCACGUGACCAGUGGGUGUGGGGGUGGGGGUGUGUUGUCUUCUCCCUCAUUCAGUGCGACGUUUUAUUAAAGUUGUAAGAUGGCGACGGUGCAUCUGCGAAUCGGGGAUUUAGUGUGGGGGAAGCUUGGUCGUUACCCACCAUGGCCAGGGAAGGUAGUGAGCCCUCCCAAGGACUUGAAAAAGCCCAGGGGCAAAAAAUGCCACUUUGUGAAAUUCUUUGGAACUGAAGACCACGCCUGGAUCAAAGUAGAACAGCUGAAGCCCUACCAUGCCCACAAAGAGGAGAUGAUUAAGAUAAACAAAGGAAAACGCUUCCAACAGGCAGUCGAUGCUGUGGAAGACUUCCUGAAGAAAGCAAAGGGUAAAGAACAGAACUUAGAUGGCAAAGGAGACUCGAAAGGAAAGAAGACGCCCAAUAAGCCGCUGAAAAUACUGGAGGAGGAUGAUGAGGAUCUCAGUGCCCUGAAGGACCCCUCUGAGAAGGACUUAACUGACUCUGACCCCGAGCCGUCCACUAUUGAGAGGCUGGGGGCUGGACCUGGCUCAGGAUUCAAGUGGGAAAGCAGUCCUGUGAAGGACGACCCACAUUUCCAUCACUUCUUACUCAGCCAGUCUGAGAAGCCAGCCUCAUCAAUGGAACCCAUUAGCAAGCGCCUGAAGAUCAUUGAAGAGGACACAGGGUCAACCUCUAUCCAAGCAGCAGACAGCACAGCCAUCAACGGCAGCAUCACACCCACAGAUAAAAGGAUAGGGUUCCUGGGUCUGGGGCUGAUGGGUAGCGGUAUCGUUUCCAACCUGUUGAAAAUGGGUCAUGUUGUCACAGUGUGGAACCGCACAGUAGAAAAGUGUGACCUGUUCAUCCAAGAGGGGGCCAGGUUAGGCCGGACUCCUGCUGAGGUGGCUUCCACGUGUGAUAUCACUUUCUCCUGUGUCUCUGACCCAAAGGCUGCCCGGGAUUUGGUGUUGGGACCCAGUGGAGUGCUGCAGGGAAUCAGGCCAGGCAAAUGCUACAUAGAGAUGUCCACUGUAGACCCAGAGACCAUCACAGAACUCUCACAGGUGAUCACAUCGCGGGGCGGGCGUUUCCUGGAGGCUCCGGUGGCAGGAAGCCAGCAGCUCUCCAACGACGGCAUGCUGGUCAUCCUGGCUGCUGGCGACCGAACGGUCUACGAGGACUGCAGCAGCUGUUUCCAGGCCAUGGGCAAGACCUCCUUCUUCCUGGGGGAAGCAGGUAAUGCAGCGAGGAUGAUGCUGAUCCUCAACAUGGUGCAGGGCAGCUUCAUGGCCACCAUUGCAGAGGGGCUAACCCUGGCCCAGGCCACUGGCCAAUCACAGCAGACCUUCCUGGACAUCCUGUGCCAGGGCCAGAUGGCAAGCACCUUUGUGGACCAGAAAUGCCAAAAUAUUUUACAGGGCAACUUUAAGCCGGACUACUAUUUGAAACAUAUUCAAAAGGACCUGAGGCUAGCCAUCUCCAUGGGCGACAUGGCCAACCAUCCAACCCCAAUGGCUGCUGCCGCCAAUGAGGUUUACAAGAGGGCUAAGGCACUGGACCAGUCAGACAAUGACAUAUCUGCCGUCUACAGAGCCUACAUUCACUAGAGCGAGGUGUGAGCUUUCCUCUGGACCACGCAGUCUUUAAUCCCUUCUAGUUUUCCCCUUGUCUUGUAAUGAGUUUUAUUUUUAAAUUCUCCUUUUUAUUUAAUUUUUGCCACAGCGCCAGCCACGUUUGCUGCCCACAAGUCAUGGGAUUGUGAUUCCUUUUGUUAGAGGCAACCUUAAGCAUUGCACUGACUACUGGGGGAAUAUAUGCUGUAAGAGUGUUCUAAAAGGAGGUUGUACUACUGCAGUUUGCUGGAGGGCAGUUUGUCUGGUUUCUGGAGUAUGGUGGAGGUAAAGCAGGCCUAGGAUGGAGGCUCCAGUUCAGCUGUGAAGAGCAGGGCCUCCCGCUCUAGCCAGAGAAAACACUGUCAGGUUUUGUGGAUGCAUAAACCCUAAAGAAGAUUUGUUUUGUUUUGCAAAUGAUGAGUAUAUUUAAUUGAGUGUGAUCUUUGCUUUUCUUUUAAAUGUCCAGAAUUCCAUGAGAGUAAACACCAAGAACAUGCCACUGCAUUGCCUUAAUAUUGAAACCCCUCAAGUCUUUCAAUAAUAGUAUUUAUUUAUGUUUCUUUCUAGGUCUUCUUGGUGCAGGUUGGCCAUGGCUUGUUUCUGUAUUUGAGAUGAUUUAUGCUUUUACGUUGGUGUUCAUAACCUUUUCUUUAACAGGUUAAUGACAGAGCAACAGAUGUGCUGAGGCCUUAAAAUGCAGUAAUAAUUGAUAUUUCUCAUCAAGACUUGAGAUUUCCACAUUUGAAAACCAUUCUUGUGUUUGGAAGAGCUCUCAUUUAAACUGUUUUUCUUUUUAAUAUAUUACUCUGAAACUAGAUGAAUCCACUUUUUGAGUUGCAUUUUAACUGAUGUCAUAAUUAAGCCCCACGUCAAUCGUGUUUUUAUCUGGUUGUUGGAGGUAAAGGUUAUGGCUGGGUAUUGAAGGCCAAUUUUAGAGCAUCACGGGACAUAAGUACACGAUUAAAAACCGAGCUAAUGAAACUGUUUGAAGUGGGUUAGUGGUUGGAGAGUUUCAUUUUAGAAGAUGGAAACGUAAAGCCGUAGAAUAAAUACGUCAUAUUGAGCUCCACCGUAGUUGGAAUGAAAUUAUUGAUGACCUGCUACAUAAGUAUACCCCCAUCACACACACACGUAUCAACACACAGAGACACACACACACAAAUGUACAGUCAAUGUUAACAUGGGCUCACAUUCAUUAUUUCUUACAUCUGCCUCAAACAGAUUUCAGGUUUAAUAUGGGGGGGGGUCACAUGACGGGGCAACCUUAAUUACGUAGUAGAGGUCUUCACUCUGUUCUUAGUCAACAGACCUCAUUCAGGUUUGGAACCAGACCGAUUAAAUUGGCCUUCUCAACUGCUAUAAGCUCCCAACCGUCCUUCUACAUGUCGGCUGAUAAUUAACGAGGAAUGUCGGCACACAGAUCCGACGCCAAAGACACGUUCAAGGUCUUCAGAAAUAGUGUCUCCAUUACAUAGAUUGUCCGUCAGAGAGCACUAGAAAGUGUGUUUUACUCUGUUAAAUGUCCCGCUCAAUACAUACGUUGAGCACAAUGCUAUAGUAAACAAAUGUGAAGAAUUGUUAUAAAAAAA